UAAGACGCUCGCACUCAAGGAAGGAUUCAAAGUUGCGGUCCGGAGUGUGCGAGACAUUAGUCUGAGCUUGAACUUGCUCCUCGAGAAAAAUGCAUCUCUCCGCGCUGCUGCUGCUGGUUUGCGCCACCGCAUUCGUCACUGCUGCACCAGUCGAUCAAAGUGUCGUAAGCGUCGCAAGUCAACCUGAGUUGAAACCUGAGCAGCUAACUGAAGAUGGCGCCUCACUAGUCAGGGAAAAGCGCCAGUUUGGAGGUGGCGGAAGGAGAAACAACGGCUUCAGAGGCAGGCCAAACGGAGGAGGUUUUGGCGGCCCCGGAUUCGGCGGCCCUGGAUUCGGCGGUCCCGGCUUUGGAGCGCCCUCGUUCGGUUCGAGCGCCGCCAACGCCCAGGCACAGGCAUUCAACGCAGGAAACUUCGGCGCCUCGCACGCCGGCACUCAGACGCAGGGCUUCCAGGUCGGUCCGAACGGCAUCACGGGCGGCUUCGGCCAGUCGGUGGCGCAGAACUACGACAUCGGCGGCUACAAGAUCAACGUGGCCGCGUCCGACACGCUCAGCUUCAACAACAACCAAGCGUCGAGAGGAGGCAGCAACGCGGUCACCAUCACUGGACCAAAUGGCCAGAGGAUUCCCUACAACGGAUGAAAUGUUUUCCUAUCUAGCCACGACUGAAAUGAGAUUUAUUAAAUCACGUACAAAUAAGUUAUUUUUGUAAUAAUAA